AUGUCAGCGCCCUACUUCCUGGGACUGGACGCAUCCACACAGUCACUCAAAGCCUCCUUGCUUUCGGUCAACCUGGACGUAAAGUCAGAAUGUAGUAUACAUUUCGACACCGACCUGCCUCAUUAUGGUACCAAGGGAGGAGUAUUGUUCGGGGAGAAGGGGGAGGUACAUUCACCCGUCCUGAUGCUGGUAGAAGCUAUGGAUAUGCUGUUCGACAAGAUAAAGAACGCUGGAUGGGAAGUGGACAACAUCAGAGGUGUGGCUGCAGCUGGCCAGCAACACGCUUCCAUCUAUUGGUCCGAAUCGUCCUCUCAACUCCUCUCAUCGCCUGACCCCUCCUCACCGCUCCUUUCCCAGCUCAGCACAGCCUUCUCCCGACCAAUCAUUCCCAACUGGCAAGAUUCAUCUACUACACGUGAAUGUCGAGCACUAGAAGAAGGUGUAGGAGGUCAAGAAGCUCUUGCACAGAUCACAGGAUCAAAGGCCCACGAGAGGUUCACAGGCGCUCAGAUUAUGCGAUUCAGACGUAUUGAUCCAGCUGCGUACGAUGAAACGGAUCGGAUUAGUCUGGUCAGUAGUGCUGUCACCACACUGCUAUGCUUGGAUGGGGAAGUCAAGGGGAUAGACGAGAGUGAUGCUUGUGGGAUGAAUCUCUGGUCUAUGAACAAGGAAGAGCGAGGUUGGUCUGAAGAGCUACUCGAGGUCAUAGCUGGGACGGAAGGAGUUGAAGAACUUGCUAGAAAGUUGGGCAAGGUGGAAAGUGACGGAGGAAAGGUUGUGGGGCAUAUCGGCAGGUGGUAUGUCGAGAGAUAUGGCUUUAGUCCGGAAUGUCUGGUGUUUCCCGGUACAGGAGAUAAUCCAGCUACCUUUCUGAGUUUAACUUUGAGAGAAAGUGAAGGUUUGAUCUCACUAGGCACAUCCGAUGUCGUCCUGGUCUCCACUAGCAAUUAUCAUCCUCAUCCGGAACAUCACGCUUUCUUCCAUCCUGCUCAGAUAGCUCCACCGAGUGUACAAGACAAUGAGAAAAGGGAAGGUGCAGAAUCAUUAAGGUAUUUCAACAUGCUGGUGUAUAAGAACGGCUCUUUGACUCGUCAACAUGUACGAGAUCUGUACUUCGACAAAUCAUGGGAGGCGUUCAAUGCAGCUGUUGAAGCGUUGCGUCCUAAAUCAGUUGAAGAUUUGCCUGCAAAAGCUGCUUUCUGGUGGUUGCUUCCGGAUAUAGUGCCUCAUGGCGCUCACGGUAUAUACAAGUACAUCACCGACCCCUCAGUCGGCUCCUACUUCGAAGUUGAGACAGCAAAGCGAGUGAAAGAAUUCGAGAAUGUCCAACAAGAAGCUUUGGCGAUACUAGAGUCUCAGUUACUCAACUAUCGAUCAAGGUCUUCAUCGAUACUGGAAGAAUCUCCUGAUCCAUCUUUCCCUUCUACGGCCGGUAUUGAAAUCUCCCUACCUCGUUUAACCAGAGUCUAUGCUACUGGAGGAGCGAGUGCAAACCGCACGAUCCUAUCACUUAUGGCUGAUGUGUUGUGUACCCAGAUAUGUAAGAAUGUAGAUUUCCUAGAUGGAGAAUGGAGGGACGUACAGUGGAACUCUUGCAGUGUCGGUGUAGCCUACAAGGCCAGAUGGGGUUGGGAAAGAACGAGACAGGGUCGAGAGUGGAUAAGCUUCGACCAAGUGAUUCAGGAGUGCAGGGACGAACGAAGAAGGAUCAGAGGUGGACAAGGUCAAGGUCAAGGUCAAGAGGUUGAUUUAGCAGAGGAAGGUAUAAGGGUAAUCGCCACCCCGGGUGAAGGGGCUAGGGCGUAUGAGAGAAGGGUGGAAUGGUGGAGGGAACUGGAGGCGAAAGCCUUGGAAGAUCAGCAAAAAGACGAGAUGCAGUGA